AUGACGUGGAGAAGCCCCCUGGCUGCGGUCAGGGAUGCCCUGAGAGGUCAGAGGGCGAGGGAGAACGACCUCCGGACCUUGGCGUCCAAUCUGCCUUACGAGGGACUGGAGAAGGCCAAGCAACCCAACCGCUACUUUCCCGGCAACGCCAUCAAGACCACCAAAUACACCCUGCUCCUCUUCAUCCCCAUGAACCUCUUUGAGCAGUUUCACCGUCUGGCCAACCUCUACUUCGUGGGCCUAGCUAUUCUGAACUUUGUCCCUGUGGUGAACGCGUUCCAGCCCGAGGUAGCUCUUAUUCCAAUCUGUGUCAUCCUGUCUCUGACGGCCUUGAAGGACGCCUGGGAGGACUUCAGGAGGUACAAGUCAGACAGGAAGCUCAACAACACACCGUGCUUCAUCUACAGCAGGAGAGAAAACGAGUUUAUGGAGAGGCGUUGGAAGGACCUACGAGUGGGGGAUUUUGUGAAGAUCGUCUGCAACGAGAUCGUCCCAGCGGACCUCCUGCUCCUGUACACGGCGGACCCCAACGGCGUUUGUCUCAUAGAGACGGCCAACCUGGAUGGAGAGACCAACCUGAAGCAGAGGAGGGUGGUGCCUGGGAUCUGCAUCUCAGAUCCUGAAUUUGAACCUGAAAGCUUCAACAGCAUCGUAGUGUGCGAGAGGCCCAACAUCAAUCUGAAUCAUUUCAAGUGUUAUGUAGAGAACCCUGAUAAAGAGAAGGUGGGCGCUGGACUGGAGAGUCUGCUGCUUCGAGGCUGCACAGUGAGAAACACGGACCAUGCUGUGGGCUUUGUGGUGUAUGCAGGACACGAAACCAAGUCCAUGCUCAACAACAACGGUGCGAGGUACAAGCGCAGCAAACUAGAGCGGAAGCUGAACACAGACGUCAUCUUCUGCGUCAUUCUCCUCUUCGUCAUGUGUCUCAUCGGGGCAGUAGGUCACUUCUUAUGGCUGCAGGCCCUGCCCACUGUGCCCCCUUACCUGGUCCCCCUAGGCACGGGUCACCUGGACAGUCCGGCUCUGUCCGGCUUCUACAUGUUCUUCACCAUGAUCAUCCUGCUGCAGGUCCUGAUACCCAUCUCCCUGUACGUGUCCAUCGAGCUGGUAAAGAUCGUUCAGAUUUUCCUCAUCACCAAUGACAUUGAUCUGUACGAUGAGGAGACCGACAGUCGCAUGCAGUGUAAGGCCCUGAACAUCACAGAGGACCUGGGACAGAUUGAAUACAUCUUCUCAGACAAGACUGGCACCCUCACUGAAAACAAGAUGGUGUUUCGCCGAUGCUCCAUUAUGGGCACCGAGUACCCACACAAAGAGAACGCCAUCCGUCUGACUGUCCUUGAUGAGGCGGAGUCAGAGGAGGAGGUCAUCUUCAACCAGCGGCCACAACCCUCACGCACUGGAUGGUCCCUGGACCCUGAGGACAGCAACCCCAAAGACAAACAGCAUCCGGCCUGCAGCAGACACAAGGGCAGGGUCUUAGGAAAUGCCCAGAGAGACGUGGCCUUCAGUAGUCCACUGGAAACUGAGGUGAUUCCAGACAGGAAGCUGCUUCAGCAGAUUAGCGGGGCAGAGUGCAGCGGCAGGCAGCUGAUAGAUCCCUACCUGGACUUCUUUCUGGCUCUCGCCAUUUGCAACACUGUGGUGGUUUCCAUGGCAACAGCUUCGAGACAGAGGAAGAGUUGGCUCCCACACCACGGACACACAAGCAACCCUCUGGACACUAUGUCCAGCCUGGUGAAAAGAGCCGGCUCUUUCUGCCACAUUUUCACCUCCGGCCAGCGCAAACCAAUGCAGAAGCAUAAGCUCAGCUACGAGGCGGAGAGUCCGGAUGAGGCCGCCCUGGUGUACGCGGCCAAUGCAUAUGGCUUCACUCUGUUGGCCCGCACCCCCGACAGUUUGACGGUGAGGCUCCCGUCUGGGGAAGACCUGGUGUUUGAGGUGCUGGACACCUUAGCCUUUGACUCCAACAGGAAGAGAAUGUCUGUGUUGGUGCGACACCCGAUCACCAGAGAGUGUGUGCUGUACACUAAAGGAGCAGACUAUGCCAUCAUGGAGCUGCUCGGCAAACCGUACGCAGAGAACCUCAGUGGGAGCCGGAAGAAUAUAGCAGCUGAUACUCAGCAUCACCUUGACUGCUACGCUAAAGAAGGGCUGCGGACACUUUGCAUCUCAAAGAAGGUUGUGAGUGACAAAGUGUAUGAGAGCUGGUCACUGAACAGACAGAGAGCUCAGGCUGCUAUAGAAAACAGAGAGGAGCUCCUCAUGGAAAGUGCUCUGCAGCUGGAGACCAACCUCUCCCUGCUGGGGGCGACGGGCAUCGAGGACCGUCUCCAGGAGAAUGUCCCAGACACCAUCGUGGCGCUGCGGGAGGCAGGGAUCCAGGUGUGGGUGCUGACCGGUGACAAGCCGGAGACAGCUGUCAACAUCAGCUAUGCCUGCAGGCUGCUGGAAGAGGAGGACCUGGUGAUUAACAUGAGCUGCAAAAACAAGCUCAUUUGUACAUCCAUCCUGGACAGUACUCUGGAGGAGGUGAGGCGGUACGCGGCGGACCCUCGUAACGUGGACACGACCCCAGACAUCUCUCUGGUGAUCGACGGCCUCACCCUGGCCAUGCUACUGUCCCCGGACCUGCAGGACCGCUUCGUGGACCUGGCGAAGCGCUGCCGCUCCGUGCUCUGCUGCCGAGUCACUCCAUUGCAGAAGAGCAGCGUGGUGAAGCUGGUGCGCGAGAAGCUCAAGGUCAUGACACUCGCUGUUGGCGAUGGUGCAAAUGACGUCAACAUGAUCCAAGCAGCUGAUAUCGGCAUUGGGAUUUCGGGUCAGGAGGGCAUGCAGGCGGUCAUGGCAAGUGACUUCUCUAUAUCUCGCUUCAAACACCUGAAAAAACUCAUCCUGGUUCACGGACACUGGUGCCACACACGACUGGCCAACAUGAUCAUUUACUUCUUCUAUAAGAAUGUGGCCUAUGUGAACCUCCUGUUCUGGUAUCAGUUCUACUGCGGCUUCUCCGGCACGGCCAUGAUCGACUACUGGCUGAUGAUUUUCUUCAACCUCUUCUUCACCUCCGUACCGCCCGUCAUGUUCGGGAUAAUGGACAAAGACAUCUCUGCAGAGAUGCUGAUGGGUGUUCCUGAACUGUACAGGACUGGACAGGGUACAGGGGAAUACAACCCAAAAACUUUCUGGAUCGCCAUCCUCGAUGCCUUCUAUCAGAGUCUGGUCUGCUUCUUCAUUCCAUACUUGGCUUACCAGGACUCAGACAUUGAUGUUUUUACCUUUGGAACUCCUUUGAACACAAUCUCUCUAUUUACCAUCCUGCUGCAUCUGUCAAUAGAGAUCAAAACCUGGACGGUGGUUCAUUGGGUGGUGAUGCUGGGCAGUGUGGCGGUGUUCUUCAUCGUGACGCUGGCCUACAGCGCCAUGUGCGUCACCUGUAACCCUCCGUCCAACCCGUACUGGAUCGUCCAGAACCAGAUGGCCGACCCCAUGUUCUACCUUGUCUGCAUCAUCACCACUGUGGUGGCUCUGCUGCCCAGGUACGUGUUUCACGUGCUGAGGGACUCUAUCGCCCCCUCCCCGAUCACGCAAGCCAGGCAUCUGGACCGGCUGGACCCGUCCUCAAGGGACCAGUGGAUCAAGGAGUGGAGGAGCUUCAGGGGCGGAGGGCAUGUCAAACGCUCCAGGCUGUCUACCCCACCCUCUCCCACCCUGGAGACCCCUGUGGACAUUUAUCCCCAGUCUCCCACCGCCUCUGAUAUCACGGAGGAUGAUUUUACACUGAAUGUCAUCACAAACUAUCAGAGGCCCGAACACACAAGGAACAAAGAUGUGCUGGCAUCUUGA